AUGGAUACGGCAUGCAAAAAGGCUUUUGGAUCCUUGCGCUUGACUGGUCCACUUCGAUGUGCUGUGACUUCAUGUGUUGGGAAGGGAUUUGCAAGCGAUCUCAGCUCAACCUCGUUGGUGACAGACGACUUGCCCAGUCCUCUUGAUUUAAGGGAGCUGGAACGACUGGUCGACGAAGCGCGCGGCCCCGCUCUCCGGCAACGGGUGCUUGGUAAGGAUCGCAGCCAAGCCAAUUAUGCAUGGAGAUCAACGCUGCGAGGUUGUGUCCGCAAGCUCACCAGCACAGCACGACACCGGGACAUGCUGAAAGCGAGACAGUCGACCAUCGACCACAACUAUCUGCUUGACUUGAUUGUGCAACAGCGUGGUUUGUGUGCAUAUUCAGGUGUACCAAUGGAGAUGUUCAGGCCGAACUCACAUUGGAGGAUAUCGCUAGAGAGGAUUGACACCAGUGUGGGCUACGUUAAAGGAAACUGUUGCCUGAUCGCUCAAGAAUUCAACUCCACCGUCACAAAGGGCACCCAGCUUGAUCUCAGCAAAGGGUCAGCUCAAUGGUCAAGGCAUAAGGUUGAGGCCCUUGUGGGUGUUCGAUCUCAAGUGCCGCAGAUGCAGCAUAGCCUUCUUCCUGCUACCAUGUGUUCACGUCCAAGGCCUGUACGGAAGAUGUUCCGAGGGCCUGAUGAACACGACAACUUCUUGUGCACACGCUGCGGAAGCUGGAAGGCAAGAGAUCGUUUUUAUCCACGACUAAAAGGCGCAGUUGGUCUUCAAAGUAUGUGCAAAGAGUGCGAGAGUCAGUGGCACUUAGCUUAUCGAGGAACUCUGCGAGGCCAUGCGCAUAGUAUGCUAUGCUCGGCCCGUCAACGUGCCCUAAGAGGAGUUUGGAGCGGGACGUUUUCGCUUGACUUGUCCGAUUUGCUCAACAUGCUUAGUGAUCAGGAGGGUCGCUGCUACUAUUCCGGGGUGCCCCUUCACUGUGCAAGAGGUCCUGCAGAUUGGGUGUGGUCGCUGGAGCGCCUGGACAAUUCUGCAACAUAUACCAGAGACAACUGUGUGCUGAUUGCACAGGAGUUCAACACCCCCGAUCAAAGUCGCAACAAGAGCAGGUACGAGGUGUUCGGCACUGCACAGUGGUCACGCAGCAAAGUCAGGCACAUCUGGGGUUCAUUUUGGCCUGACGACGGGAUUUCUCGUGGCCACUCCUGA